AUGGCUGAAAAGUUGAUGAUUGCCAGUGGCGAUGAGAAUGCCAAACUCAUCACGCUGCAUCAUUUUGCAAAGCAGAAUUUACGGGACGAUGUCAAUUUUUCGUUUUGGGAAUGGUUCUUUGCAAUCAUGCAACUCAUCAAGCACAAACUUCUUAAGUUCUGGGAUGAAGUCUAUCGAUGUCAGUCUCUUGUCACCGAUGAGCUAGACAGCUUGUAUGUAUUGCAUUUUUAUACUCAAGAAUUGCAUGGUGUUGAUGAAGCGCACGCUACAUAUCGUCUUAUUUUCAAGUAG